UCUAUACAAAGCAAUGCAAUGACAAUACAAUUUUUUUUAUUGAUAAGUAGUAUAUAGCCCGGGAGCAAUUAAUUAUUUCGUUCGCGGUUUAGGCUGACGAGUACAAAAAUGAGCGUUCGAAUGGGAAAGCGUGUCAGCAAUUAUCGGAUUUUAAGCUAAGGGAUGGAGUUAACCGUUAUAGCACCAGACACCACUGAAUAGGAAUUGGUACAAUGGCACAGGAUAAUUGUUGGGACGAAAGCGAAGUCAAAGGGAUUGCAUCCCAUUUACAGGAUGGCAGAUUGGUUGAACUAAAACAAUCCUUUCUUAUGCAGUUAAAAAAUUGUUCAGAACUUACGAAAAAGGGCGGUGGAUUCGGUAAAAUAUAUAUUUCUCGCGAUUCCAUCCCUGGAUUCAACCGCCGACUUGUCUUAAAGGAGAUUGGAAGAGACGACGGGAACAACAAAUCUACAACCCAACUUUUAAGUUCAGUUAAAAAUGAGAAGCUGGCAUCACGCGUGAGACAUUUUGCAAUUGUUCCACUGCUAGCAUACCACGACGACAUUGAGACUAGGACAUAUUACUUGAUCUCACCGUAUUUUGAAAAAGGAGACUUGUUCGAUGCAAUACGAUCUGACACUGAACAAAAUGUUCCUCUUGAGUGGACAACACGGAUGAAAGUGAUUUACCAGAUAGCCUGUGCAAUAGACUAUAUGCACACACCGAAUUCCUUCCGAGGAACCAUUCUACAUUUGGACAUCAAGUCAAGGAACAUUGUGCUUGACAAAAAGUACAAUGCUAGAUUGAUAGAUUUUGGCCUAUCGAGAGAGUCGAUUGCAGGACGGAAUAUAACGCAUUGCUCAGGAACGGAAUUAUACCGACCAAAAGGUUCUCACAAUCCGAGCCCCUCACUGGAUUAUUAUGCUUUCGCUGUUGUUAUCCGGGAAAUUUUAACCGGUCUAGGUCCUGAUGGAACAGUACCUGAGGGACCACCAUUAGGGUGGUUAGAUGAGAUCAAUUUUGAAGCCUUGAAACAGGCCUUGAAACAGAAGCGCAGAUGGAGCGUUGAUGUAUGGAACGGUUUGUCAAAAAUAGCUGGGCGAUGCAUUAUUAGUUGUUACGACGAAGGCAAACCAAUAACGUCAGCUAAAUUGCUCACAGAUUUGAAGUCGAUUUUACGAAAAGAAGGUGAUGAUUCAGUACAAAGGUGGACAGUCCUGGGUGACGACAACUGCGAAAUAUGCGUGGUAAAUGAACAAGUGGAAAAAGAAGAUAGUUUUGUUGGCCGAGUUACAGAAAAAUAUCAUUCGUCUGACUGCCCAACAAAGAUUAAAAUAUGCUGUGCCUGCAUGCGGAACGGGUACAUAAAUCCAGUCAAGUGUCAGGGAUGCGACAACGAGAUCAAAGCCAUCAUAGGAGAUGAAUGGGGCGCCAUUUUAAUAGCUGGAUAUGACGAUGACAACAGUUUCUUUGAAAAAGAUGUUAAGGUGUUCGCACAGGCUAUAUCAUCGAAUGUUCUACCAUCAAUGUGUGUAAGCACUUGCAUAGUAAUUGAUCCUGCAAGUAAUACAGAACGGUCGGUGUCGGCAAGGAUUGAUGAUGCGUUUGAGAAGAUAGCCAAACGAAAUAUCCAUACCUUGGUGUUUGUUUACUCAGGACAUCACGGCAACACAGGAUUUGAAGUUGGCAUAGAUGAAUAUAUCAGCUUACAACACCUGAACGACAGCAUACAAAAAUGUAAAAAUAUUCAAAAAGUCAUAGCGUUUAUGGAUUGUUGUCAACCGGAGGUAAUUACAGUGAACAAAGAACAACGACUCAUUCAGUUCAACGCAACAAGUAGUGCUGAUAAGGUAAUAUGGGAAAAAGGAAAACAAAGUUAUUUUACCAAGGUGUUGGUUCAGGCGUUCACAAUGAAAGCUUCAGGGCGCAAUUGGGAACGUUCGGGUUGUAAAUGUUGCAUAGAUGGGAACUUCAUAACUAUCGAAAAAUUAAUGAAGUACAUUGAGAAACAUCGACAAAACGAGCUUCUACCUCACGAACCUGAAUUUUACGGGAUGAAAAUUAAUUGGUGGAAUGAAUACAUUGCAUACAAUUAUUCAGAUAAAGUAGAACUUCGUUUUGAAAUGGUGCUUCCAUCACCGUUUACGGCAAAACAGUCACACGAGGUUUUGGCAACAACUGUGGUAGACUAUCAGAGCCUGAUACAAAUUAUCCUUUUUCCGAAGUUUACUGGAGCAAUAAAUUGUAUGAUUCCAAUUAUUGCAGACUUAUUUAGACAACAACUCAAUGCACAUGGAAAGUCUAUCUCAAUCACAGAGAAGGAUGCUGAUUGCUUGUGCAUCGUUUACGAGACGAGCCCAAAAAGUUGUGAGGAGGUAGAUAACAUAGAAAAACUUAUGCUGGCAUGGAACUCAAAGAAAUUGUUGUCGUGCAAGUUACGGUUCUCUCAGGAAAGCAAUUUUCUUAAACCGUUUGGAUUUUUCUUGGAAAACGGUAAAUCUGUCAAGAAUGCAAUCUAUGAAAAGAACGAAUUUGAAUUGAAAGAAAUGAAAGAUAUCUUACACGAAUUGCAAGAUAAACAGACAAUGUGCGACACACCAGAUAAAGCGUUGACGGAUUUCAUUUUAAACGUAUCCAAAUUUAUAAACUGGUGCAACGAGACUAAGAUAAAUUAUCGUAAAUUAAAUAUUCGCUUCCUUGAUCUCUUUGAGGAAUGCCCAAGCUGCGUCGUACAUCUUUUGCUGACCGCUCAAGAUAAUUCUGAGAUCCCGCAUUUAACUAAUAUGGUUGAAAACAGUUUCAAUAACAGCGCUUCAAACUAUCAACAAAGGUAA